CCGCACUAGCAGCCGAAAAAGGAGGACCCCCCCGGGAGCGGGAUCCCGGCGUCCGGUCGCCCCACCCCGUUCAGGCUUAGGCCCGCAUGGAGGGGACUGCAGAGUCCCAGACGCCUGACCUGCGAGACGUGGAGGGCAAGGUGGGCAGGAAGACCCCUGCAGGGCUGCUCCGCGGGCUGCGAGGCGAGUGGGAGCCGGGAACCUCUGGCGCUCCGCUGCUCCCCGGGGCGCCUAGCACGGGCCACAGCCUGGGGGACAAGAUCAUGGCGCUGAGGAUGGAGCUGGCUUACCUGAGAGCCAUCGAUGUGAAGAUCCUGCAGCAGCUGGUGACCUUGAACGAGGGCAUUGAGGCGGUGCGCUGGCUGUUGGAGGAGAGGGGGACGUUGACCAGCCACUGCAGCAGCCUCACCAGCAGCCAAUAUAGCCUGACAGGCGGGAGCCCAGGCCGCUCAAGGCGAGGCAGCUGGGACAGCCUGCCAGACACCAGCUCCACUGACCGGCUGGACAGUGUCUCCAUCGGCAGCUUCCUGGACACAGUGGCGCCCAGCGAGCUGGAUGAACACGGCCCCCCUGGGGCUCCCCGUCCCGAGAUGGACUGGGCAAAGGUUAUACCUGGUGGGGAGAGGGCCAGGACUGAGGUGGACCUGACAGCCACCAGGCUAGGGAGCUUGAGGGCCAUGUGGAAACCCCCAGGGGAGGGGCUGCAAGGUGCACCUCCUGAGCCGCCAGAGGAUGAGAGUGCCAAGCUGGGCUUUGAGACCCACUGGUACUGGGGCCAGUGCCAGGAUGAUGUGACCUUCCUGUAACAACUCUUCCACCCUUUUGCACUCCUAUGGCUCUUUCAUCACUAGGCCCUGGUCUCCCUUGAAUUUGUUCUCCCUCUAUCUGGAAUUAGGAAGAGGCUGCACUGAAAUCAGUUACCAGGAAACCUGGCCUUACCAUCCCUCUGGUCCCUGGGGAGGCUCUGCCUUUAACCUUCAAUUAUUGGGUCCCUAGAGCUAUUUCCAUAGAUACAUGGACUCUAGAGGCUUGACCUGUGGCUCCAGGUGUGAUAGUAUCUCUUCUCCUUUCCCCACAACCAGGUAAAGAUUUGAGGGUUUAGCAUCCCUAUGAAAUCAUUGAUGAAGGGACUGGGAUGUGAUUACCUCACCCAACUUCUAGGAACUUUAGCCCCACUCUUGGCCAACAUGGAGGAUUGUGGAGGGACAUGGACAUUCAGGGCCAACCCUCCAUGGAUUGGCCCUCCCAGAAGCCUUUGGGGUUGGUAGGGCCACCCCUUCCUGUCUGGUGAGUGAUGUCAUUUCCUGCCAGGAUGGAUUAGCCUUUCCUUUGUACCAGUCUUUUAGUGAUGAUAAAUAUAGGGGUAUUUGAGCCUCUGCUGCUGAGUGAGACCAUAUUAUUUAUUCUCCCUACCAUUCCGUCUUGUAAAUGGGAAUAUACUACCCUCCUGGCAGGAAAGUUUCUCAGUCAGAUGUUUGCACUUCUUAGAAAGGUUCUUUCUAUUUAAACAGGGAGUUCUCAUUUUAUUCUAGGGAUUCUCACUUCCUCUCUGACCACCUGCCUGUCUGGUGCCUGCACUCCUGUUUCUCUGCUUUUAGGGAGGAAACUGGCAGGGGCCUCCACCUACAGACUCUCAACAGUCUGUUUGGCCUGCCCUGCCAUAGUCCCUUGUCUUACUCUGUCCCUGGGUUGCCUCCAUUCUUGUAUUCUGGCUCCAAAUCUGUCUGCCAGAAGGUUCAGCCUUUGUGUCUCCACACCUUCUCAGUUUCUACUCUGGGCCUCAGGCCUUUAAUAUGCAGAUGAGUCCCUCAGCCUUGUCUCUUCAACUUCUGAUGGGAGCCAGAGGGAGAAGCUUGGGGUGUACCACAGUCUCCAAAAGGGGGGGAUAUUUUCUCAGAUCCUGUGAUUCUCCUUCCCCCAUCCUGCCCCAGACCUUCCACCAUUUGGACACUAGGAUGCCACCCUGUGGCUGGGACACAAGGAAUCCCCUGGUCUGUGUUACAGUGGGGGGCGUGGCAGAGAAAGAGUGAAGCUGUUUGGUCUUAGGGCCCGCAUCCUGGGAGGGGGAGAGUAGGAGGGAAAGACUGCUUUCCUUCCUCUCUUAGAGCAAGCUCUAGACUCCUGGGACUGCAGAGCAAGCAGGGCACUGGCUCUGGCCCUGGGUCCCAGGGCCCUAGUGAGUUAUACCAAAGAAGGGACUCAGGGAAGCUGCCAACCUGGGGCUCAGCAAGGGGACAGGCCCAGAGACAGGGUGGAGAUGAGGGCUAUGACUGAUGUCAGAGUAUGAAUUCUUGGAAAUUAACUCUUGGAAUCCCAGGUACUGCCCCUCUUUUGGUCCCUGUCUUUCCUGAGCCCUGAAACUAUUAAUAGAUUAUUGAAAGGCAAAAAGGAGAAAAAAAGGAUGUCAGGUGAUCCUUGCCUAUUUACUGUGCCCUCCUGAGUUGAGAAGAUCCUCUGAAGAAGGAAAUGGCAACCCACUCCAGUAUUCUUGCCUGGGAAAUCCCACAAACAGAGGAGCAAGGCAGACUACAGUUCAUGGGGUCGCAAAGAGUUGGACAUGACUAAGUGACUUCAUUUCCUGACUUGAGGACUCUUCCUCAAAUCCUAGAAUAAGUCCUGCAGUUUCUCUACUUUUCAUUCUAUGUUGGGGGAGGGACAGAAGCCAAGUUGUUCAUCUCUAGUUCCCAUAAGCUCCUCAAGUCUUGUCCCGAAACCCCCACCCAGAUCCUUUUCGGGCAAUACAUUUGAUUUGUGGCUCUCCUCUAAAGACCAUGUUUCCUCCUUUCCUCUCAAAGGGAUUGAAAUCUCUAAAGAAUAUAAGUAAGUCUCUUCUUUGCUGCCCACCAGCCCUCUCCUUACGAUCCCUCUUGGUUUCGGGGCUCCUGACCUCCCUUUAGGCUGGGAAUUCAAGUACCCUUUCCCAGUAUCCUGACCCUGUUGCCAUUUUGUGGUGACUUCGGGUAACUACCUUUCUGCUUGAAACCCUUGUAUUCCCUUUUUUAAGCUUGCUGGUUGAUUUCAUCUACAAACUCCUGAGCUGAAGAGGUUGUCCGCCCUCUUGUGGCCAUUAUGCACCAUUGCUGGAGUAGCUGGGUGAAACCUUCAGGCUCAAAUAGAGCUUUAAUGAAGACCAGCCCUCUCAUUGCACUGACAGGUUAGAGAGACAGGCCUAGAGAAGGCAGAGAGUGCCCCAGAUUUGCCCGUGGUAACUCUGUGAGGAUCCUCAGGUUAAAGAAGCCAGAUCACCUGCCAACCUGCCCAUCCACCAAAGUUCCAUCACUUGGCCAGACCAUUCCCCCACCGCACCCUGUCAACAUCAUCCAAGCCCAAAGGAUCUGAAAGCAAUUUUCUCCCUGUUUUAACAUUCAGGUUCUUACCUAGAGAGGCAGCUUGGUGUUUACAGAAAGAGCAACAGGCUCUGAGGAAAGAGACCCUUGGACCAGAAUUGGGUAAAGGGUGCAUUAAUCUGGACCAGGGAUACAAGGAAAAUCAGUCCUGGACCAAAUAUUUUUCUGGGAAGGCAGGGUGAGUAGGCCCAACAUCAUGGGAUCAGAAUUCACCAUUACAGACCUGGACAUUAGAAGCAGGGGAUGGGGUGGGAGACGAAAGAUAAAUUCAGCUGGAUCCUAGGAGUUGGGAGCUUCAAAGUCAAGGGGUUACAGCUCAGUUUGGAUAGGCAUCUGAGGGUGUUGAGAGGCUAGAGAGGUGGGUGAGUGGGGCUGCCUUGGAACUCCAGGUAACCUGGAUAUCCCAUCUCAAUACCUUAGAUUUCAUUUCACUCCCAGAGAAGCCAGUAAACACAUACCCUUGGUCCCUCCUACCUGCCUCUGUACUGGCUGUUUAAGGCUUAGCUCUCCUGUUAGUUUAGACCUUUCCAGGUUAUGAAGAGGACCUGUUUAGGAGCUCAAAGAAGAAGACAUGAAAAGGGAGAGAGAUGCAGAAAGACAAAAAAGAAUGAGAUGAAAAUGGAGUCUUGAAAAUAUAACCAGAGGGAACAUACUAUCCUCUAAGUGGGCUGCAGACAUUUGUCAGGGUCAGGGUGAAGGCAGAGGCGAGACUGCUCUUGGUAGCUGUGGAAACAGCACCUGAGAGGGUAAGGGGUGAUGCUGCUGGGAUGAGUCCAUCAAGGAGACCUGAGACCAUGUGAAUGCUCAGGUAUGAGAGCCUGCAUUUAGGAUAGGGUCGUGAACUUGAGCACUGGAUUGACCGGGAGCUCAGUGGCAGCUUAGGUGAGAAAUGUUUGGAGCUUGCAGUGGACUCAGACUCACUCUGUACAUGGGGCCAGGUGCGUACCGGGUGUUCAGUAACACCCAGAAUGGAGGAAUAAAUAUGUGUCCAGGAAGAGACGUGACUUAUAAUUUAAAAAGUGGUUAAUUAGGAAUAGGAAAUUUAAAGUAGUAUUCCAUUCUCAGCAACACUAUAAAUAAUGCAUUAUUAACAGAUAGAUAGUAAAUGAACUAUGGUAUGAACCUAGGUCAGUCUGACUGCAGGGGCUUCCAGGAAGUCUUCCCUGAUUCCCCAUUUCCUUUUCACAGACCUUACUCUCCUAGGAGAACAGGUUAUACUGCCCAGCAGCAGAGCCAGUGUACAUGUUUUCUAUUGCUGCUAUGACAAACUGUCACAAACUUAAUGGCUUAAAACAACACAAAUGUAUUAUCUUACAGUCCUGGAGGUCACAGGUCUGAAAUCAAUUUCAUUGGGUUAAGUUAAAGUGUUGGUAACCUCUUCUGGAGACUCUAGGGGGCAGUCCAUUUAUUUGCCUUUUCUAGCUUCUGGAGGCUGCUUGUGUUCCUUGACUCAUGGCCCCUUCCUCCAUCUUCAAAGCCAGCAACAUAGUAUUCCGCCUUUCUGACCUCUACUUCCAUUCUUACAUCUUUCUCUGAUUCUCCUGUCUCCUAUUAGGAGGAUUACGUUGUGAUUACAUAACCUUGUGCUUACGUUGGGCCCACAGUGAUAACAGAAUCAUCUCCCCAUCUCAAGAUCCCUACCUUAACCAUAGCUUCCAAGUAAUUUUUGCCAUAUAAGGUAAACUAUUCCCAGAUUCUGGAGAUUAGGACUUGAACAUCUUUGGAGAAAGGACAGUUAUUCAGCCCUCAAGCAGAGAUGGAUGGUGGGCAGGAAGAUGCACCCAGGCCCAGAACAAGCCUCUCAGCUGUGUCAAGCCUCCUUCAGCCUGGAGUGAGAGGUGGUGCCAAGGGAAGAUAGCCAGGUCCAGGCCCCAUGUUUAGAGAAUGGCAAAUGCCUCCUGCAUCACUACCAAAGAGAGCUGAGAGUGAAGGUCAUACUUGGGAGAAAGUCUCAGUUAGGGAACUUUUCAGACCUGAGACUUCCUUGGUGAAUGUAGUGGAGGGUUCCAACAGGCUCUGUCUUCAACACUGCCUCCUCUCCAGAUCAUACCUUGUUCAUCCUCAAGGUAGAAGAUAAUUACCAGCUAACACUAGCCUGAGCUCUCUCUACAAAGAGUAGAUUAGUUGUCUCUCUUUGAAAUUAUUAUUUUUUAAUUCCUUGUUAAACCAUGCUUGGCGGAGCAUGGUGACCUCUUGUUAUCAGUUGAUACAAGGCCCCUUUUUGUUUGAUUUUCUUCUUUUAAUCCCUGAUCCCUAUUCUCAUUCCUCUCCCUGACCCAGACACACACUUCAAUGUGUUCAGUAUGUGUUUGGAUAUGUAUGUAUCUUUGAAAUAUAACUAUGUGCUUAUGUGUUUUAAUAUAUAUAAAUGAUGUACUUCUAAAGUAAGCCAACCUUUAUAAUGAAUUAACCCAUAUUACAGUGAUUUAACAGAAUAAAGAUUUAUUUUUCACUGACACAGCAGCACAGGUAUUCUUGGUUAGACGGCUCUCCUUCACUGCCUAUUUCAUAUCCCAGGCUCCUUCCAUGUUCAGGUGGUGAUAGGCUGACCCUGUAUCAUAAGGUUCUCUAUCAAUUCUUCACCAAAUUGUUUUACCAUCCAUUUAUGACCAUUUUAUAAUUUGGUCAUUUCACUAGCAAUUACAAAAUGAUUAUCUCUAAUGCUAUUAUUUUUUCUUCUAUUAGUUCUAAUUCUCUACAGAAAAACUUUUUUACAUUCUUCAGGACCAUUUGGUUACCCUGAAAUAAAGUUCAUACCAGAAUAGUAAGAUAAGUGCUUAAAUCUCUGCCCUUAUUUAUUCCUUUCAAAUAGUAAGUUGAUGUUGUAGCAACUUUGUGUUCAAUGGUUUUGUUUUGUUUUACUUUCUUUUUAAAUUAUUGUUGUGAACUUAUUGUUUUAAUAUAUUUAAUGUCUUUUAAUCAUUUUGUAGUUAUUUUUUGUUUUAUAUUAUGAAAAAUCUUGAGUGAAAACAAUAUUAGAGAAAAUAGUAUAAUGAAUUUCCAUGCAUCCGUCACCCAACUUCAAUAAUUAUCAACUCUGGUCAAUCUUGGUUUAUUUAUUCCCUCAACUACUCUUCCCCUAACCAAGAUUGUUUUGAAGCAAAACUAGAUAUGAGUCUAGUUUAUUUAUAAUGUUUUAUUAUGUAUCUCUAAAAUAUAAGGACUUUUAUUUGGAUUAGUGCACCUAAAAUUAAUAAUUCCUCAAUAUAAUAAAAUAUAACUAUUUCAUUUUCUGAUAAACUUUUGUUUAAGUUUUAGUAUCAGGAUUAUGCUGGCCUCUUAAAAGAAGUUAGGAAGUAACUUUGUUUUCUGAAAACAUUUUUGUAAGUUUGGUAGCAUUAUUCAGUAUUUGAUAGACUUCAUCAGUGAAAUAAUCUGGGCUUGGAGUUUUCUUUGUGGGGGAGGGUUUUGAUAAUUUCAAUUUCUGUGAUACAUAUAGAGGUAUUCCAACUUUUAAUUUCAUUUUGAGUUAGUUUUGGUAAGUUGUGUUUUUCAAAGAAUUUGUUUCAAUUAAGUUGUUGAAUUUAUUGGCAUAAAAUUGUUUAUAACACUGCCUUGUUAUUCUUUUUAAAAAACUGUUCAUUGGAAAAAUAAAGCACAUGUGUAGAAAACACACAAAAUAAAUAUAAAACUUAAUGAAUUAUUAA